UAAAAAUUAAAACAAACCACAUUCUCUAUUCUCUCAUCGAAAGACCGCCCUCUCGCUCUCGCUCUCCACCGCCGCUAGGGUUUCCACCGCCCCCGGCGAUGGGCGCCCUCACUGACAGCCGGAAGCGUCUCUCGGCGGACCGCUGCCUCUCGGCCGACCAUCGCCUCCCCUAUCCCUCGUUCCCCCCACCGCCCCUUACCCCUCCCUCCAAGCGGACCAAGCUCGCCACAUUCCCUGAACUCGAUCCCUCCACCUCCGCCGUCCCGCCUAUCCGUCCUUCUCCCCAAAUCAUCCACUCCGCCGCCGCGGCAUCCGCCUCCUUCACGCCGGGCCCUUCCUCCUCUUCCACCAUCGCUUCCACCCCGCUUCCGCACAGGCGCCGACUCCCGCCGCCGCCGCCAUUGCCGCGCCCGAUCCACGGCCCACAGCGGAUCCUCCGCGUCUUCCGGCUUGGUGGGGCUGCACGGACCCACGCUGCCGGCCGCUCGUUGUUCUCCCCGUCAUCACCCCUGCCUUGUUCUCUCGGAUUCCAGCAGUACGUAGAGCUCGUCAACAGCGUCUCCCACCCGGCGCCAUCCACUCCCGCCGCCACAACCGAUGCUACGAGGCAGGCGGUGCCCCUCGAGGUGGUGGCCAUCGAGGAGGAGGAGGAGGGGGAGGAGGAGGAGGAGGACGAGGACGAGAGGAAGCAGCAGGACGAGGAGGAGGUGAGGGGCAGCGUGGUAGUGAGAAGGGUGCCACAGUACAAGGAGCUGUACGAGAAGUCACGGAAGCGGGAUGCCAAGCUCAAGACGCUCGAGUUUGAGGUGCGGCUCGCCCAGGUGGGCCGUCUUAGCCUUGAGCGGCUUGCUGAGGCCCUCCCGCGAAUUACGCCAAAGAAGGAGGAGGUGCCUGAACCUUUUGUUCCUCUUACUGAUGAGGAUGAAGAAAUGGUUCGUCGGGCUCUUCAUGGCAAGAACAGUCGUGAGAGGUUAGCAGUACAUGAACCUUCAAAUAUUGUGAUAACAAGGGAGAUCUUGCAAUGCUUGAAUAACCAGGAAUGGCUAAAUGAUGAGGUUAUCAAUUUGUAUCUUGAUCUGCUUAAAGAGAGGGAACUAAGAGAACCUCGCAAGUUCUUAAAAUGCCAUUUCUUCAACACCUUUUUCUACAAGAAGCUGAUUUCCAGUGGGUAUGAUUAUAAAGCUGUUAGAAGAUGGACAACAAAAAGGAGGUUAGGGUACAGUCUAAUUGACUGUGACAAGAUAUUUGUUCCCAUACACAAGGAAGUCCAUUGGUGUUUAGCAGUCAUCAACAUAAGGGACAAAAAGUUUCAGUAUCUGGAUUCACUUGGUGGCAUGGACACGAGGGUCUUGAGGAUCUUGGCUAAGUAUAUUGUGGAUGAGGUCAAAGACAAAAGUGACCAACAGAUUGAUGCUCUCUCAUGGAAGCAGGAAAGUGUCGAAAAUCUUCCUUUGCAGGAGAAUGGUUUGCCUAAUGUACUGAGUCUGUCACUUAGAUGGGACUGUGGCAUGUUCAUGCUCAAAUACAUUGACUUCUACAGCAGAGAUAUGGACCUCAUUUUUGGACAGAAGCAAAUGCACUACUUCCGCAGGAGGACGGCAAAGGAAAUACUGAGUUUGAGGGCUGAAUAAACCUUGGAGGACAUCAUAGGUCAUUUUGGUUAGGUUCAGAUAUUUGUUGGAAUAUGUACUUAACAAAUGGCUGCAACGGCUUAAAGGUAUAGCAUUGAGUGGAAUGAUUUUGAAAAUGUUCCGGAUGCACAACGGUCAAGCAACAGGUUGAAGGGAAUUUUGCAUGAGCACAGCAGCGCCUAGUUUUGACAGUGAGCCUUUGCAUGGUCAAGCAUUAGAUUGCAAUGAGAUUCAUCAAAGAUAGGGAGGUAUAGAUUAACUUGGAACUAUAUAUAUAUAUACCAGUGUUCUUGAGCAUCCUGUGAGCUGUGACCAAGUGAGCAAUCACUGGGUUAAGCUGUAUGACCGGCUUCGGUGCAUAGUUGUGUGAAAUGCUCAAAUCCCUUUUGUUUUUAUCAUGUUUUAUUUUUUUAAUCGUUCUACUUUCCUGAGCCUGUUAUGUAUA